AUGAAAUCUUUUUCUCUCUUGUCACCUAUGCUUUUUCUGUUUACCUUAUAUUUAACGUGCUUUAAUCAAAACAAAAUAGUGGCAGAGACAUUAGGAAACCAAACAGAUUAUUUAGCAUUGCUUAAAUUCAAAGAAUCUUGGAAUACUUCCAUCCACUUUUGCAAGUGGCAUGGAGUCACAUGCAGCCCCAUGCAUCGAAGAGUUACUGAGUUGACCUUAAUUGGAUAUGAGUUACAUGGACCUUUGUCUCCCCAUGUUGGCAAUCUCAUUUUUCUAAAGUAUCUCAUCCUCAGCAACAACACCUUCUUUGGAAGUAUUCCAAAUACUUUUGGAAAGUUUCCAAAGAUACAAAAGCUACUUUUGAGGGAAAACAAGUUAUCAGGAGAUAUACCACCCUUUUUAGGUAAUCUUAGUCAACUGUAUAUAUUGGAUUUACAUCUUAAUAUGUUUGAUGGAAAUAUUCCUCCAAGCAUAGGAAACUUUCAAAAGUUUCAAUAUCUAGAUGUUUCUCAUAACAAGCUUAGAGGAACCAUUCCUUUAGAGGUUUUUAAUCUUUUCUCUUUAUCAAAUUUACUAAACUUGUCACAUAACUCUUUGAGUGGUAGCUUACAAGGAGAAGUGGGUAGGUUAAAAAAUAUUGGUAAGCUAGAUGUCUCCAAGAAUCAUUUGUCUGGGGAUAUUCCAAUAUCUAUUGGUGAAUGCAUAACCUUAGAAUACCUUCUUUUGCAAGAUAACUCAUUUAACGGAACAAUACCGCCUUCUUUGGCUUCCCUCAAAGGUUUUCGAUAUUUAGACCUUUCAAAAAACCGAUUGUUUGGAUCAAUUCAUAAUGUUAUACAAAAUAUCUCAAAUUUAAAAUACUUGAAGGUUUCUUUUAACAUGCUGGAAGGUGAGAUACCAACAGCCGGUGUCUUUGGAAAUGUGACCCAAGUUGCAAUGAUUGGAAACAAUAAGUUUUGUGGGGGUAUUUCACAAAUGCAUCUACCACCAUGCUCCAUCAAGGAUAGGAAACACACAAAACACCAUAAGUUCAUAAUAGUAGUUGUUGGUGUGAUUUCUUUUCUUCUCAUACUUUCAAUUUUUCUAACUAUCUAUUGGAUGAGGAAAAGAAACCAAAAACCAUCUUUUGAUUCACCAACAAUCGAUCAACUAGAUAAGAUUUCAUAUCGAGACUUACAUCGAGGAACUGGUGGAUUCUCGAAUACCAACUUGAUUGGGUCAGAAAGUUUUGGUUCUGUGUACAAAGGAAAUCUUGUGUCAGAAGACAAUUUUGUGGCCAUAAAGGUUCUAAAUCUCCAAAAGAAGGGAGCUCGCAAGAGUUUUAUUCUUGAAUCCAAUGCACUCAAAAAUAUUAGACACCGAAAUUUAGUUAAGAUUAUAACAUGUUGUUCUAGUUCAGAUUAUAAAGGUCAAGAGUUCAAAGCUUUAGUUUUUCAUUACAUGAAAAAUGGAAGCUUAGAACAAUGGUUGCAUCCGGAGACUUUAAAUGAAGAGCAUCAAACAACAUUGGAUCUCACUCACAGAGUAAAUAUCAUUACAGAUGUUGCAUUGGCAUUGCAUUAUCUUCAUCAAAAAUGUGAACAAUUGAUCCUUCAUUGUGAUCUAAAGCCAAGUAAUGUCCUUCUUGAUGAUGACAUGGUUGCUCAUGCGGGUGAUUUUGGCAUAGCAAGACUUGUCUCAAACAUUGGUGGUACCUCUCACAAUGAUACAAGUACAAUUGGAAUAAAAGGGGCUGUUGGCUAUACUCCUCCGGAGUAUGGAAUGGGCUCUGAAGUGUCUACAUGCGGUGACAUGUAUAGUUUUGGAAUCCUGAUGUUGGAAAUGUUUAUCGGUAGAAGACCUACGGAUGAAGUUUUUGAAGAUGGCCAAAAUCUGCAUGACUUUGUUGCAAAUUCAUUUCCUGAUAAUCUUAUAAAGAUUUUGGACCCAAGUCUUGUAUCAAGAAAUACAGAAGUUAAAAUACAAGAUGAAAUUUGUGAGAAUCUUAUUCCAAUGGUUGAUGAGGAGUGUUUAAUUUCACUUUUUAGGAUUGGACUUAUUUGUUCAAGGGAACCACCAAAGGAAAGAAUGAAUAUUGUGGAUGUCACUAAAGAGCUUAGCAUAAUCAGAAAAACUUUUUUCAAAGGUGAGAUAAAUUUAUUUUUUUAUGUUUACUUGAAUCAUUAUUAA